AUGAGCCAAGUAAGCAAAACAACACUUGCACAAGAGGCGAUUCCGAAGACUCCCUCUACUCCUGGUUCUUUUGAUCGACAGAUGCAAGCCACAAAACCAUUGAUGGAGAAACGAAGACGAGAGAGAAUGAAUAAGGCGCUGAAUGAAAUGAAAAAUCUUCUCCUUGAAGUCAUGGGCCGCGACGUCACUUGUCACUCGAAGCUUGAAAAAGCAGAUAUUCUAGAGAACGCUGUCGAAUAUCUAAAGACUCUUCGAGCUUUUUACGGGAUGCUGCCUAGCCCACACAUGUACAAUCCACGAGAAGGUGUUCGCCCCCGUCUCCCAGCUCGUCAAAAGUCAGCCUGUCAGCUGAGCACCACUCCGUUUAUCCCCGCCUGUAGAAUUCCCAUGUCACCAAUAAGCCCCGUUUACCCUUACGCUCUUGCUCAAAUGAACCAGAACCCAAAGCGGGCGAAACUUGAACCCGACAUCGAAAAGGCUCUCUUUGCCAACGCCGAAUCCAAUUCCACCGGAACCAAUCCCAACUCUGACUCCGAACCCGAAGUAGAAAUUACUGUCCCAGUCAACCAAACCUUGACCAGGGCUAAAUCAACGAUUGUGCCUAUUUCUAGCGCUACCAUUGGAGUGACUCGCAAGCGUUUCCGCUCGAGCCCUGACAAUGGGCCCUUUCGUCCGUGGAUCACACAAUAA